CUGGGCAGGCGGCGGCGGGGGCGCCGCGCCGGGCGGGCGGCGGGGCCAUGCUGGGCAAGGACUACAUGCUGGCCAUCGUCCUGGUCAACUGCGACGACAACCUCUGGAGCGACCAGAGCCUGGAAACAGACCCUGACCUCCCCCCAAGCUGGAGGAAAAUCUGUGACUCUUUGGGUACCUAUUACUGGCAUGUGCCAACAGGCACGACACAGUGGCAGCACCCUGCACGUACCACUGGCCCAGGAGGGCACACGGAGGCUGAUGGAGAGGAAACACUCCAGGGAAGGGAAUGCCAGGGCCCUGCAGCGAAGCACUCGACAAAGGACCGGCCCAUUCCCAGCCCCAUGGCUUCGCUGUCCCGGAGGCACUCGCUGUCCUGGCAUGGAGAUGACUUCCAGCACAGCGCAGAGCCCGGCUCCAAGUGCUUUGCUGUGCGCUCUCUGGGCUGGGUGGAGAUCCCCGAGGAGGACCUGGCACCUGGCAAGAGCAGCAUCGCUGUCAACAACUGCAUCCAGCAGCUCUCCAACAGCAAGGGCCAGGGCUCUGCGGAGAACCAGGGUGAGGGCCAGGACCUAGUGAUGAUUCUGAAGAAGGACACCAUGAGCCUGGUGGAUCCCCUCGACCGCAGCCUCAUCCACCGCCAGCCCAUCCUCAACAUCCGUGUCUGGGGUGUUGGCUGCAACAAUGGCAGGGACAGAGACUUCGCCUUUGUGGCCAGUGACAAGGACACCUGCGUCCUCAAGUGUCACGUCUUCCACUGCAAUGUGCCUGCCAAGGGCAUCGCCAAGGCUCUGCAUGAGAUGUGCUCCAAGAUCGUGGCCGAGCGAGCUGUAGCGAGCAGCAGGCUGCCCCGCGCUGCCACGCUGGAGCCCAUCUCCGCCGAGGACCUGCCACUGCAAGUGGAUAUCCUAGAAGCGGUGAGGCAGUCGAUGCAGACCUACGAGGCGCUGUACAUCGGCAGCCUGCCCGUGCCCAGGGCCAUGGGGAUGGAUGUGUUGAAUGAGGCCAUCGAGAAACUGACGAGGCGCCCUGGACGGGAGAACUGGACGCCCUCCGUGAUUUACGUGUCCGACACGGCCAUGAGGGUGCACCCGGCGCAGGAGCCCGAGGAGGCGGCGCACAUCUGGGAGUGCCAGGUGCGGUACGUGACCUUCCUGGGGGUGGGCCGGGACGCGCACACCUUCGCGCUCAUCGUGGACACGGGGCGACGCUUCCAGUGCGCGGCCUUCUGGUGCGAGCCCGACGCCGGCACCAUCUCGGAGGCAGUGCAGGCCGCCUGCAUGGUGCAGUACCAGAAGUGCCUCGUUGCCGCCGCACCGGGGGCGAAGGCGAAGAGCGGGGCUGGCCGGGGCCGGGCCGGGCCGGCGGCCGCGGGGGACGCUGCCCGCGGGGCGGCAAAGGCGGGGGGGGGCGGCGGCGGGGCGGGGGCCGGGGCCCGCAAGCGGGGACUCUUCUCCUUCCUGGAGGUGUUCCGCCUGCGGCGGGCCCUCCUGCACAGCCCGUAG